AUGAAGCCCAGAGGGGAGUCGAUUCCAUUCCAAAGGCAAGUUCUCUUCCUUGUUUUGCUCUGUGUGUGUGUAUCGUCUCUGGAACCCGGGAGCUUUUCAGUGGCGGAGGAAAUGGAGAGUAGAUCUUUUGUGGGCAAUGUGGCAAAGGUUUUGGGCUUGGAGGUUGAGGAACUGUCUGCCAGAGGUGCUCAGAUCACUUCUAAAGGGAAAAAACAGCAUUUACAGCUCAACAUUCAGACCGGAGAUUUGGUCCUAAAAGAGAAAUUGGAUCGGGAGGAGCUGUGUGGCCCUGCCGAGCCCUGUGUGCUGCCUUUCCAGAUUUUAUUGGAAAACCCCUUUCAUGUAAUUCCUGCAGAGCUGAGAGUGCUAGAUGUGAAUGAUCACGCGCCCAUUUUCCCAGACAGUGAAAUGCUCUUGAAAGUCCGAGAGAAUAGCCCACCAGAGUCUUCAUUUUCUCUGAAAAAUGCUUUAGAUUUGGAUGUAGGUAUCAACAAUGUUCAGAACUAUACAGUCAACCCCAACUCCCAUUUCCGUGUUCACACUCGAACCCGCAGUGAUGGCAGGAAGUACCCAGAGUUGGUCUUGAGCCAAGCCCUUGAUCGGGAGGAGCAGCCAGAGUUCACCUUAACCCUGACCGCAGUAGAUGGUGGAUCCCCGCCCAAGUCUGGGACCGCCCAAAUUCGAGUCUUGGUUGUAGACAUCAAUGAUAAUAGUCCCGUGUUUGCCCAGCCCCAGUAUGAGGUUCAGAUUCCCGAGGAUAGCCCCAUCGAUUCCUUGGUUGUCACUGUGUCUGCCACAGACUUGGACACAGGAAGCAAUGGUGAAAUCUCAUACGUACUUAUUCAGAGUUCUGAGGAGAUUACCCAAACGUUCAAAGUAAACCCUCUUUCCGGAGAAAUUCGACUGAAAAGACAAGUGGAUUUCGAGAUAAUUCAGUCAUAUGAAGUGGAUAUUGAGGCCACUGACGGGGGAGGCCUUUCUGGAAAAUGCACUGUCCUAAUCCAUGUAAUGGACUUAAAUGACAAUCCUCCAGAAUUAGUCUUGUCUUCUUUAACUAGUCCCAUCCCUGAGGACUCAUCUGAUGUUAUCGUUGCUGUUUUCAGUAUUUCAGACCAGGACUCUGGAGACAAGGGAAGGAUGGUUUGCUCUAUCCAAGAUAAUAUUCCCUUUGUCCUGAAAUCGUCUUUGGAGAACUUCUAUACCUUGGUAACUGAUGGAGUUCUGGACAGAGAGAUCAGAGACAUGUAUAACAUUACCAUUACUGUCACAGAUUUGGGAUCUCCCAGGCUCAAAACUGAGCAGAAUAUCACAGUAGUGAUCUCUGAUAUCAAUGAUAACCCUCCAGUGUUUACUCAGACAGCCUACACACUAUACCUCCAGGAGAACAACAGCCCUGCUUUCCACAUUGGUGGUGUCAGUGCCAGUGACAGGGACUGGGGUUCAAAUGCCAAAAUUACCUACUCCCUGCUGCCUCCAGAGACUGGAGAGCUGCCCCUCUUCUCUUAUAUCUCCAUCAACUCAGACAAUGGGCAUCUCUAUGCCUUGAGAUCCUUGGAUUAUGAAAUCAUUCAAACUUUACCAUUCACUGUGAGGGCAGUUGAUGGAGGCUCCCCAGCUCUGAGUAGUCAGGCACUGGUUCAGCUAAUAAUCCAGGAUGAGAAUGAUAACUGUCCCUUGGUUCUAUACCCUUUGCAGAAUGGCACAGCCCCUUGUAAUGACCUAGUGCCAAGGAUGGCAGAACCAGGUUACUUGGUCACAAAGGUGGUAGCUGUGGAUAGAGACUCAGGACAGAAUUCCUGGCUUUCCUACCAGCUGCUCAAAGCCACAGACCCAGGACUCUUCACUGUGUGGUCCCAUAAUGGGGAAGUGCAUACAGUGAGGCCCAUUAGUGACCGAGAUGCUAUUAAGCAGAGGCUCCUGGUACUAGUGAAGGACAAUGGACAGCCAUCUUUGUCCACAGCAGCCACACUAAAUGUGCUCCUAGUCGAUGGAUUUUCUGAGCCUUACUUACAACUCCCAGAUAUACCUAAGGAGCAAGUUCAGUAUGACUCUCUCACCAUUUAUUUGAUCAUUUCUCUAGUUUCUGUCUCUUUCCUUUUUCUGUUUUCUGUGAUAAUGUUUAUUGCUCUGCGCUUGUGGAGAAAGAAGGAUGCCACUGAUGACAUUCAUUUCAGGCCCAACAGCUCCUUCCCAGGCCAUUUCAUGGAUGUUAGGGGUACUGGGACCCUCUCCCAGAAUUACCACUAUGAAGUAUGUCUGAACAAUGAUUCUGGCUCUAGUGAGUUUAAAUUCUUAAAGCCUAUUAUUCCUAGCCUUCCCACUUCAGACAGUGGGAGAAACUCAGAAGAAAGCCCUCCCUCCCAGAAAAACUUUGGGCUCAGUUAA